AUGCCCAGUUAUGUGAAAUUCAUGAAGGAUAUUUUUAUGAAGGAGAGAAAGAUGGAGGAUUAUGAAACUGUGGCUCUAACUGAAGAGUACAAUGUCAUUUUGCAAAGAAAACUUCCCCAAAAGCUUAGAGAUCCAGGGAGUUUUACUAUACUGUGCGCUAUUGGGAAUUUUGAGUGCGAACAUGCUCUAUGUGAUUUGGGGGCGAGCAUAAAUCUGAUGCCUUUAUUUAUUUUUCGUCGACUUGGUUUGGGUGAAGCAAGGCCGACAAUAGUGACUCUACAGUUAACAGAUUGGUUAGUGAAGCAUCCAAGGGGUAUCAUUGAAGAUGUGUUAGUGAAGGUGGAUAAGUUCAUUUUUCCAACAAACUUCAUUGUUCUAGACAUGGAAAAGGAUAUUGAUGUUCCAAUUAUUCUUGGAAGACCAUUCUUGGCCAUGGGGAAAUCACUUAUUGAUGUUCAGAAAGGUGAGUUGAGGCUCUGA